CCGCGCGCCCUCCUCCUCCCGCCGCCCCGGCCCUGGGCCGGGAGGGCCCCUGACGGGGAAGGGUGACCUGCUCCGGCGAACAAAGGGGGCGGCGGCCCGGGCCCGCGCACUGCGGGCGCCGAGCCCUGCCCUAAGAUGGCGGCCGGCGCGGGCGGGCGGGGCCUCCGCGGCGGGCGGGGCGAGCCGGCGCCGACUCGUCCUCAUGGCCGCCGCGCCGGAGCCCGGCGAGCCCGCCAAGGGGAAGCCGUUUAAGCUCCUAGGAAUUUUAGAUGUCGAAAACAUUCCCUGUGCACGGGACUCAAUACUCUAUGGUUCUUUAGGAUCUGUUGUGGCUGGCUUUGGACAUUUUUUGUUAACUAGCAGAAUUAGAAGAUCAUGUGAUGUUGGAGUAGGAGGAUUUAUCUUGGUGACUUUAGGAUGCUGGUUCCAUUGUAGGUAUAAUUAUGCAAAGCUAAGAAUCCAGGAAAGAAUUGCCAGAGAAGGAAUUAAAAAUAAGAUUUUAUAUGAAAGUACCCACCUUGAUCCUGAAAGAAAACAAACCAAUGGCAACAGCAGCAACUGAGCCGAGUCUUGAGCACAGAAAACCCAAAGACAACUCACUGUAGUGUGAACAAAGCUGAGACCAGCUGGUAAAUUGCUGUAUGUACCACAAGGCUUUCAAUCAAGUCAAUAAAGUCUGCGUCAGUCAUA